GAACGUGCCCGUGGCGUCUGCAAUCAAACACGUGGUGAUCGUGGAGUCCGACAGGUAAUGUUCGCGCAGUCCGCUUGAUUCUUUGUAAAUCAUCGACCUAUGUUCUGGUUUGCCUUUUACCCCGUGAAUUUGUUUGCGAUUGCCGGAGAGAUGGCAAGAUAGAGACUGUCCGCCAUUAUCUCAUUCGAACAGCCUUUUUCUUCACAUUGCGCAAGGGCUUUCCCCUCAUUACCCCAGGUUUUGCCCCACGAGGAGCGGAAAACCACGAGAUCCGGAAAACCUGGCGCGGAGGUGUUCCGUGCUAUGGCGCAUCAUGAGCCAUGAUAUAAUGCCUGCUGAAGACCAUUCAAAUCAUUCAUCGCACAACCUGGAGUAAAGAUCCGCACCUAGAGAUUCUUAUUGUAUCUGUAUCAAAUCCACGGGUAAAGUUUUAUCGAACAGUCUGUGUGCGUGCGCUAUCAUGGCACAGGAAACUAUAGAUGCGCUGCCGCCUUUUCCUAGCGAUCUGAACACAGCACCGAUUGCUCAAAUAUCAUCGAGGAAACUGCUUGCUGGUGAUAGAGAUGAGGCGAAUAAAGUGCUUGAGGCCUGUCAGACCUUUGGAUUUUUUUACCUGGACUUACGAGAUUCUCCGGAAGGUCAACGCCUGAUCAACGAGGCUGAGGGCUGUCUUGAGCUUGCGAAGCGGUCAUUUAGUGCGCGAAGCGUUGAAGAGCAAAAGCAAUGGCAUCUGCAGAAAGGUGUUUCGAUGUUCGGAUACAAAGCUGCAGGCACUGUGAAGCAUACGGACAAAGACUUGCGGCCUGAUACGACAGAGUUCUGGAACAUCUCGAAGGAUCACAUGCAUGGCAUUACACCUUCAAGGAGCUAUCCACCAGAGAUAGAAGAAGCAAGGACAUUGCUGAAAGAUUUUAUCAAAGAUGCACACGAAUGUGGAAUGAUUGUGUUGCGAACGUUGGCCACUGCUCUGAAUUUACCGCCGGACACGUUCGUCGAACUGAAUACAUUCAAAAAGCCAUCUGGAGACCACUGCCGACUAACCCACAAGUUUCCCCAUGUGUCUGAUAAAAACGCUAUAGGACUACCAUCUCAUACCGACUUUGGAUCAGUCACUGUACUCUUCAACUGGCUCGGUGGCCUGCAGAUACAGUCGCGACAUCCUGAUCGCCUGGGUGAGUGGGAGUGGGUCAAGCCAGAGGCGGGCAAGGCCAUAAUCAACCUUGGCGAUGCCAUGGUCAAGUUCACAAACGGAGCUCUGAAGUCAGCCAAGCAUCGCGUGGUUCCCAGUCCCGGCGCUCAGCAAGACCUCGAUCGGUAUAGCGUUGUUUACUUCGUUCGACCUUGCAACGACAGCUUGAUGAAACCCGUUGCUGAUUUUGACAAGGGAACUCAUGUCAAGGUUGGAGGCAAAGUAUCCGUUGGAGAUGAUGAAAACACUAUAUACACAGCUGGUGAAUGGAUGGUAAAGAGGGCCAUUCAGAUGGGAUCGUAAAUAUCCUCCAACAUUUCUUUCCAAUGCUAUGGCGAUUGCCAAUGUAUCUUUUCCGAACCUCGUGCAAGCUUUGGUCGAGCGAAUGGCAAGACUUAAAGGGUAUCAUGGCAUCUAAUAGUAUGCUUCCAGGUUCAAAUAUUAAGAGAAACUCAAAUUUUUAACAUCUGAUUUCUGCCCUUGGAUG